AUGAGCGAUUUCCAGUAUCAAGGUCCUCUAGAAGACGAUCCCGCUACCACCAUAGCCCGUGGUCUCCGCGAGAAACGACUACGAUUCACCAAAAAGAUACCAAACGAUCACGACAGCGAUAUCUGCUCACCAAGAGACCGCCGCAGUGCCCUUUCCGUAUUCGACGAAGCCGUCGAAAAGAUCUGCGAAGACAACCGCCUGGAAGUAACUACCGAGGCCGACUACAAGAUCAGGGUGAUUUUAGGGAUCACCAAAGCGCAACCUUCUGCAUCGGUGUUCCAAAAUAAGCAACAACUCUCGCCCAUAGACCCCCAGUAUGCCGAGCCUCCUAUCACUCAACUUGGCGGUUGCAGCACUGGCGCAAAGACGGUUGGCCCGAUUCGUUUCCUGAGAGAGCCAUUCAGAAAGAGCGAACUAUGCAAGGGGAGCCCAGAUCUUGGAAAGAUCAAGAAUGGGCUGAGCCUGGAGGACUGA